AUGGCUACUAUCGAGAAGAUCACGCUUGUCGAGGAUCUUGACAGUUCGGGCCAGCAAACCCAAGAUUACGAGACUGAUGUUCUGUACGAUGCGCAAUCUGGACAGACUACCCAACGCCCUGCUGUCAUCGUGAAGAGGGGUACUGGCGUCCUGUUCACUGUCGAAGUCAGCGGGAUUUCUAGCAGCCAGUCCAGCAAGCCGCUGCGGCUGACUAUAAACCCCCCCGGCUAUGGAUACUUCAUCACCAGCCAGGUCAUACAACCCGAAGCUGUUCAAAAAGCCGCAGGAAAAGCUAUCGUGUUCAACAUGUCUCAGAUUUUCCCGACUGACGCCGUGGUCGUCGCCACGAUCGACCCGCUCACUCCUUUCUGUAUUAAAGGCAAAAGAACAUUCUUCCUGAUGAGUGUUGAAAACCCGGCAACGCCUCUGACAGACGAGAGCGUGUGUGGUAAUGGCGUGGGGGAGAUGGAAGUCGAAAUGGAGCUUUAUCUUCUCGGUUACCAGCUACCGCCUUAUUUCGACGACAAGGUGCCUCUACUUCUCCUACGCAUGUUCGUGGGUGCUGCGACCUUGCAAAAGGUUCGCACGGCACAGCAAUGGGUUGCACUGGUGGCAAAGAUCUGCCAUGGCUCUGCGCGCCCAGAAACGGGCGAGCCGGUAGAAACGCAGAACCACUGGCUCAAAUACAACACUAUGGGGGGCGGCUCCUACUUCCUGAUCCCAAAGACUCAGAACGACUACAUAAACUAUGGAGGGAGUUUCCUCCUGUCUGCAUGGUUAGAUGCCUACCGCAACUUCAAGAAAACGGGCUGUUUCAGCGUGGUCAACUGUUAUGAUCAAGCAGGCGCCGUUGAGGUGGCAGCCUCCUUGGGUGUGAGUUACUCAUGCUUCGCAUGGGAGUAUCACCAGCCCUAUGGCUUCAUCACAAAGGAUACGGAGCUCGUUGGCUGGGGUCGAUGCAACAAUCCUAUGUUCGAGAAGAUACCCAAGAACAAGCUUCUUGAAAACAACAUGGACCCUAGUAGGACAAUUUUUGGUAACCAUGCUUUCAUCUCAUGGAGUCCGGACUUCGAUCCAGCGCCAAGUGUGUUUGACCAAAAGAAUGACCCUUCGAACUUCAAAGGGAUGCUGGCUAUUGACGCAUGUGCAGGCCCGCAUCUUGGCAACGAACCUCGAGGUGAAUGGGUUAGUCCUGUGUCAUACCCUAACCCUUCCGUCUAUCCCGAUGGCUAUACGAACAAAUCUACAUACUGGAGAUGCCGAGAUGACCAAUAUCUUCUCCAAGAGCAUACGUUUCAAAAGUAUGACAAGGAGAAGGGAACCUGGGAGGACAUGGUCAGCCGCCACAAUUGGACUCCCGGUAUUACUGGCUUGUCCACUGAACAAAAGGACGCCAGCUUUCCGCCUAUUCAUCCAAAUGAUCCCUUCGAGGGAAGCAACAUCACCUUCCCACUUGCAACAGAGUUUCCAAACCCCAGCUUGGUCUUUGGAGGAGACAUUUCAGCUCUUCAGAGAUCUUUCUGGAACUCAUUGAACAGCAAUAUCCCAGGAAGCAGUAACUGGGGUUGGGCAUUCAUUGAUAACAUCAAACUCCCCGAUGGCGGUGUGAUCUAUGAACAAAAGUGGUACGAGCGUGGAGACGCCGUCUUCAACUUCAUUGCAUUCAAGAUGUGGGUGGUGGCCAACCUGACUGAUGCGCUGGCGGCCCAAAAGGCCCGCGCUGCUCAAGUCAUCGUCACAAGCACGCUUGAAGCAAGUGACUUCCAGGCGAACCUGGCGACUCCGAGCGAGACCCAGAAGAUUUAUGUUCUCCAGGCUGAUUUUACUGCGUUGGUAGUCUGGCAGAACCUUUUCUUUGAGAUUACUGGAUAUGUAGGUAUAGAGGAGAUAAAGGCCUUGGCCCAUGAUCUGGUCACUGAGAUACUGAACGGCCUCGAGACUGAUGUCGGCUCGAACUGGAAACUUCCUAUUGAGCAUUACAAGGGAUUCCCCUAA